GAUCUCCCCGCCAACGCGCCACAAGAACUCGGAGACGACCACGACCACCUUGGAGAUGCCCAGCAUGAGGUUCAAAUCAGAUACACAAAAGCUCGGGUCGCUCGGUCAUCCACCAUAUCUCAAGCGGCUUGCCAGCAUUCAUGACCUCCCCAACGAGCUACUUUCUGAGAUCUUUGCGCUGGCGGCCAGCCAACCUUUUGACACUCAAUUUUGGGGCCCCGAGUCUUCCGAGGUCUCUCUCAUUGUCGUGGACAACCUUGUACCAAUCUCUGCAACAUGUCGCGCUUGGCGAACGUUGGUUUCGGAGACGCCAUUCCUUUGGUCUUCCUUCUUCCUCGACGAGAACUGGAAUGAGAAUGAAGGCGCUCUCGUUCUGCAACGCUCCCGCGACGUACCAGCGACGCUCUACUAUUCCGGGGGCAUCCAAGAGAAGCUUUGUUACUUCCUCGGAGUUCUUCGCCACCGACUCCGGGAACUCUACAUAUUAGACGAAACCCUGGAGUGGGAUUCUGUGGCGUCCAUGCUCUCCACGGAUUUUCCGAUGUUGUCUGCGUGUACUCUUCACCUCGGUGAUCGUGUAGACGAAACGAGACCUUCGCGGAAUACCUACCUUUCUGGAUCACUGCAGAGACUGUGUUGUCUCCGUCUGUCUUGUCCUGUCAUUCUUCCUUCCGGCCAUAUCCCUCACCUCACGAACCUCCAGGUGGAUGGAGGCGGACCCCACACCCUCUCGAGUGUCUUUGCUCUUCUCUCAGCAGCACCUCAACUCGAAUAUCUGUGGCUCGUUUUGAGCGUGGAGCGGGACAGGGACCAAUACGCAGGCAUAAUGGUUCGUCUUCCACAUCUCAAGAGAUGUUCUCUCAACAUGGAACCCUACGACGACUUCCUGUCUGGACUCACCCUCCCACCGAAUUGCCUGGUCCUUUUCAAAGACCUCCUAGACUUCGAGCUGGGUUUGGAGUCCGAGGAACUCCCGCUGAUACCCACUCUGGUCGCAGCGCUACCCAGGCAUCCUUUCACGCAGUGUCUCUCCCGGCUGCGCAUCGUACCCGACAACGUGGGGUUCGGUAGCACUCCCGACCCCGAGUAUGCAUACCACGUACAGCUAGCCAACGAGACCAGCACGAGCGGUCUCCACUUCCAGAUCCUUCGCGGCGAUCUUAGCGGCCCCAUUCUCCAACCCGUAGAACGGGGCAAGAUGUCGCGCACCAUGGCCGAAGAGAUCUUCUCUGCGUAUCCCAGCGGCUCCCUCGUAGCUAACGUGAAGGAGCUCUGGGUUUACAAGUGGACCGAUUGGCUCACCGCGGACGUACUCGCACGACUUCCUCUGCUGGAGACCCUGGUGCUCGUGCUCGACGGAGAUCCAUGGAAUACGAAGUGGAACGAUGACCCGCCUACGACAAUCCCCAAAGCCCUGACCAAGCAGCCGAAGGCGGGUCAGGCGCCGCUUUGCCCUGCCUUGACGAAUCUGUGUCUCGUCAUGUGCUACGAUCACGCCGUUCAGGAGACGAAGAGGUUCGUCAAGGCUCGCAAGCGAGCUGGGCACCCUAUCAAACGACUUGCACUCGAAUGUGUCAACGCCUAUGCCCUAGAAUACGCUACCAACGGCAAGCUCGCGAAGUUGGUGGACGAGCUCGUGGUUUCGUCUACGGGGGACAAUUAUAAGUAUUGGGCACCACAUACAUUCGAAGAAGGGUGGGCUAGGGGACUGGGGGGCUGGCCAGAGUGGCCGGAUUGGCUUGAAUGGCGUAAACUGGACUCGGACAUUAUGCAAGGCCUGGUUGAAAUUGAAGAUGAAUAGGGAUAUGUGUCCUUGCAUGCGCUCCACUACGUACAAGAGGCACAGCAGAGUCGGCGUAGUGAUACUCGUGCUACUGUUGAAUAGUGAAGUCCCUCUUGGGGCGCAUGACCGGAAGCUGGCCCAUCGGGGCCAGGAACGCCGAAGAAGUGCUCUCUGAGGCUCCAAUUCUAACCAGCGAGUUUUGCACGUCAGCGACGGCACCUAGCCUGUGUACCCCUGUUCCAAUUGAAUACGACACGAAGGUUAGAUCAAACCGUAUCAUAGAAUGGAGUUCGUCUUUGGCCAGUGCUAACAAUAGCACGAGCCCGUAUAACGCAAAGUCUCGGAAUAUCUGUGCGUUGCGAUGUCUGUUGACCCUGAAAAGAUGACAUCAGCUCCUCAGUGCCCGGUCUCUGGAGUGUUAUGAAGAUGUGCUGGAGCAGUGAUGGGGUCAGAAAGAGGCCUCGUGUAAGACGAAACCAGGAGGCGGUGAC